UUUUCUUUUAUUAUAAUACCAUUUCUAGCUCUUCUUCUUUUUCUUGUUUUUCACAUUGUCAUUUGAUCAUUCAUUAUAUAUCUACACUCUGUCCUCUCCAUUUCCCAGAUCUUAGUUUCAUCAAAUUUCUCAACGAUUUGCGUUAAACAAGUUUACGAGUUUCAGGGGAAGAUAUGGCACAGACCAAACAACUUACAAGAAUAGGCCUUGCUGGUCUGGCAGUCAUGGGCCAAAAUCUGGCCCUCAACAUUGCUGAGAAAGGCUUUCCCAUUUCUGUUUACAAUCGAACUACGUCCAAAGUUGAUGAGACUGUUGAACGAGCUAAGAAGGAGGGAGAUCUUCCCGUAUAUGGUUUCCAUGAUCCAGAAGCUUUUGUUAAUUCAAUCCAAAAACCACGGGUAAUUAUCAUGCUGGUUAAAGCUGGGGCACCUGUCGACCAGACCAUAAAGACCCUGUCUGCAUACAUGGAGAAAGGUGAUUGCAUUAUUGAUGGUGGUAAUGAAUGGUAUGAGAACACUGAGAGGAGAGAGAAAGCCGUGGCUGAAUUGGGUUUGCUUUACCUUGGAAUGGGAGUUUCAGGUGGUGAAGAGGGUGCAAGAAAUGGUCCCUCUUUGAUGCCUGGAGGGUCUUUUGAGGCUUACAAGCACAUUGAAGACAUUCUUCUUAAGGUUGCAGCUCAGGUUCCUGAUAGUGGCCCUUGUGUGACUUUCAUUGGCAAAGGUGGAUCUGGUAAUUUUGUCAAGAUGGUUCAUAAUGGAAUUGAAUAUGGCGAUAUGCAGCUGAUUGCUGAGGCUUACGACGUACUGAAAUCGAUUGGAAAGUUGACAAAUGAGGAACUGCAAGGUGUUUUCUCUGAAUGGAACAAAGGCGAACUUCUCAGCUUCUUGAUUGAAAUUACUGCAGAUAUUUUUGGAAUAAAGGAUGACAAGGGAGAUGGAUACUUGGUUGACAAGGUUUUGGACAAAACUGGUAUGAAGGGUACUGGCAAGUGGACUGUGCAGCAAGCUGCCGAUUUAUCAAUUGCAGCUCCAACAAUUGCUGCUUCUUUGGAUGGAAGGUUUCUUAGUGGGUUAAAGGAGGAAAGAGUUGAAGCUGCCAAAGUCUUCAAAUCAGGUGGCUUUGGUGAUAUUCUCUCUGACCAAGCUGUGGACAAGAAGAAGUUGAUUGAUGAUGUGAGGCAGGCUCUUUAUGCAUCCAAGAUAUGCAGUUAUGCACAGGGGAUGAAUCUUAUCCGUGCAAAGAGUAUUGAAAAGGGAUGGGACUUGAAAUUGGGAGAACUAGCUAGGAUAUGGAAGGGUGGUUGCAUUAUCCGAGCUGUGUUCCUUGACAGAAUCAAGAAGGCUUAUGAUAGGAACGCUGAUCUAGCAAACCUUCUUGUGGACCCAGAGUUUGCAAAGGAAAUCAUUGAUCGGCAGUCCGCCUGGAGAAGAGUUGUAUGCCUUGCUAUCAACUCUGGUUUUAGCACCCCGGGUAUGUCUGCCAGUCUUGCGUAUUUUGACACAUACAGAAGGGGUCGAUUGCCCGCUAAUUUGGUCCAAGCUCAACGAGACUAUUUUGGUGCUCAUACAUAUGAGAGGACCGAUAUCGAGGGCUCCUUCCAUACAGAGUGGUUCAAGAUUGCCAAAAACUUGAAAAAUUAAAUCUUCCCCUGAUAAUUUCUGCUUAAUCAGAACUCUUUUCAAUAAUAAAAUAAUUUCUGCUCUGGACUCUGGUGUAUAGCUGGGCAGAGCUUGCUUCACCACUGUUUGGUGAAAGUAUACUUUAGCAUGAUCUAUUUGUUCCGGUCAAAUUUCUUUGAAAGCACUUCUCUUUUGUUUGCUGUUGUUGUACUCUGGCAGAUUUGAUGUUUUUACUUUGUCUUUAGAUUCAGAUUAAUCUUUAGCUCAUGUCUUCUAGACAACAAGGCGAAA